AUGAAACGACUGCUUCACAAAUUGCGCCGGCAUGCUCCGGAUGAAACAAAGCCAAUUCCUUCUUUUCCCGACGGAGUCAAAGUGCUUCAUGACUGCGCUGAUGCCGCCGUUGACAUAUGCUUCGUACACGGGCUAACGGGCGAUCGGGAAAACACCUGGACCGCGAGAGGCCAAUCUGAGCCCUGGCCGAAAACGCUCUUGCCGUCGAGGCUUGCCAAUGCCCGUAUACUCACAUAUGGCUACGAUGCCUACGUGGUACGCAAAGGCGUGGCGGGCUCGAACCGACUCAUCGACCAUGCGACGAACCUCCUACACGACCUAUCCGCGGAGCGGCGUACGUCCAGUGCAGAGGAGCGUCCUCUGAUCUUUAUCGCACACAGUAUGGGUGGCCUUGUCUGCAAAAUGGCCAUUCUCCGCUCGCGGAAUAAUCCUGCAGGCCACCUUCGUGGCAUCUUCCAAAGCACCAAAGGCGUUCUCUUCUUGGGCACCCCUCACCAAGGGUCAUGGAUGUCCCACUGGGCUCAGAUACCUGUCAGUGCGCUCGGUCUUGCGAAGUCUACCAAUAUGACCCUGUUGGGCAUCUUGCGGAGCGAUAAUGAGCUUCUGGAGUCUAUCAGAGUCGACUUUUCAAACUUGAUACGAGAACUAGAGAAGGAAGGCCGGACCUUCGAGGUUACGUGCUUCUUCGAAGAGCUGCCUCUUCCUGUCGUUGGAAAAGUCGUUUCAAAAGAAUCUGCGACAUUCCAGGGACAUGAUCCAAUCUCCAUUCACGCAAACCACAGCGACAUGGUCAAAUUUGCUUCUCCGAAUGAGACAGGAUUUCUGAGGCUGGUUGGAGAGCUUGAUAGAUGGAUAGCUCAAAUUGCCCCCCGUUUUCCUGAAGCAGUGCCACAGCUGUCAGAAGCACACUACGGUUGUUUGAGAUCUCUAGCCUUUCCAACGAUGCACGAGCGCUUCCACAAUACCGAGAGAGCAAUCGAUGGGACAUGCCAGUGGGUGCUUCAGCAUCAUGCACAUCGCCAAUGGGCCACCUGUGACCGCGCUUUGCUAUGGAUCAAGGGAAAGCCAGGCUCUGGAAAGUCCACCGCCCUCAAACACAUUCUCGAGUAUUGCGAAGCUCAAGAUAAUAGUCUCAUUCUCUCUUUCUUCUUCCAUGGCCGUGGUCAUGAGCUACUCCAAAAAAGCCCUCUCGGCCUCUUCCGCGCACUUGUUCACCAGGUCCUAGAUAAGGCCCCUGAGUCAUUGCCAGGUCUGCUGAACACUUUCGAACAAAAUUGCAAAGCAAUGGGCGCACCAGGAGAAAAGUGGCAUUGGAAUCAGGCCGAGCUGCAACGCUUCUUUGAGGCAUCACUUCCUGAGGUGCUGAAGGCCCGCCCCGUUCUCCUGUUUGUCGACGCCUUAGACGAAAGUGGGCAGGAGAAUGCUGUCAAUCUAGUUGAAACCCUCAAGUCACUGGUCAAAAGUCUCCCCACUACAAAAAGCCAGUUUCAACUUCGAGUUUGCUUCUCUUGUCGACACUGGCCAAUUCUUGACGUUGAUGGAGCCCACGAAAUUUGUCUCGAGGACGAAAAUGAGAUGGACAUAUCGACCUACAUCAUGAGUCGGUUGACUGCACUCCGCCAUCCCAAGUCGUCAUCGAUUUCUGCCUUGAUCACUGACCGUGCUUCUGGCAUUUUCAUGUGGGCGCGACUCGUUGUGGAUCGUGUUCUAAGGCUAGAGCUCGAAGGCGCUGGGUUCAAGGAUAUCGAGGCUGCAAUCCACAACCUCCCGCAAGCGCUCGAUGACCUGUAUAGAGAAAUUAUUGGGAACAUGAAACCAGCGUCUCUAAAAUUGAUCCAGUGGGUCCUCUUUGCCCAGAGGCCUCUACCGCCAGUCGAGAUGCGUUGGGCUGUACUGAUCGAUCCCGAGUGUCCAUACACGACUUUAGAGGCAUACCAAAGUGCAGAAGGAUACGACAACACAGACACGGAAAGGAUGUGUAGGCAAAUCACAUCGCUUAGUUGUGGCCUCGUUGAGGUUAUUGGAGCCACAUACAGCCGGAGUCUUGCAGGACCCCUGUCUACAGAUUCCGUUGCAUCAGGUUCCAUAUAUGCUUUAUCAAGUUCUUUGUCAUUAAAAUACUCGUCAUCAGAGGACCGAGAAGUCGUCCAAUUCAUCCAUCAAUCCGUGAAGGAUUUCAUCGUUGAGAAAGGCCUGCGCAUUCUGAAGGGCGGUUCGACGGAGGAUGAGGCAGCUGCCAAAGCGCAUUUGCGGCUGUCGCGCAUCUGCAUACACUACCUCAGGAUGGAAGAAAUCACCCAGGCUAUCAACUACGAGCAUGAUGUCUUCCCUUUCUUGCAUUACGCUGCGACCUCAUGGGUUGCGCACGCGACGCAGUGCGACAGGCAUGACCCACAAGAGGAUCUCUUGGACUUGUUUUCCUGGCCGUCGAACUCUCUCAUGGAAGUAUGGAUACGAGCGUUCAGAGAACUACACCCCUACCGUUAUUAUUGGCCGGCAGAAGGGACCCGUCUCAUUCAUAUCAUGGGAAGGUAUGGAAUGUUAAUGCCACUAACAGCCGUUCUGACUAGGAUGGAUCAAAAUGUUGGAGAUACUAAUUUGCUUUCGGGCGCCAACGUCGAUACCAUAGAUGAUAAUGGCAGAACGGCGUUGUCGUGGGCUGCUAGUAAUGGGCAAGAGGGUGUCGUCCAUCUGCUCAUUGAAAGUGGCGCCGACCUUGAGGUUAAAGACAACGAUGGUCAGACGCCGUUAUCGUGGGUUGCUAGUAAUGGGCAAGAGGGUGUCGUCCAUCUGCUCAUUGAAAGUGGCGCCGACCUUGAGGUUAAAGACAACGAUGGUCAGACGCCGUUGUCGUGGGCUGCUAGUUAUGGGCAAGAGGGUGUCGUCCGUCUACUUAUUGAAAGUGGCGCCGACCUUGAGGCUAAGGACAACGAUGGUCAGACGCCGUUAUCGUGGGCUGCUAGUAAUGGGCAAGAGGGCGUCGUCCGUCUACUUAUUGAAAGUGGCGCCGACCUUGAGGCUAAGGACAACUUCGGUCGGACGCCGUUAUCGUGGGCUGCUAGUAAUGGGCAAGAGGGUGUCGUCCGUCUACUUAUUGAAAGUGGCGCCGACCUUGAGGCUAAGGACAACUUCGGUCGGACGCCGUUGUCGCGGGCUGCUAAUUAUGGGCAAGAGGGUGUUGUCCAUCUACUUAUUAAAAGUGGCGCCGACCUUAAUACUAAAGACAGCCUCGGUUAG